AUAAUCACACUGACGUGGCAACCAUUUACUGGUCCACCUGGUUUUCCCAAGUACCACACGUCAAACUAAAGGCUCAGAACCCAAAAACCCCCACCUCUCAUAACAUUUGAAACCAAGAUAAACCCCCAAUCAAAAACCACACAAACACAUAUCCCAUUCCCUCCAAACAAUUCCAAUUCCAAAAACAAAAAAAUGGGUUGUGCAUCAUCCAAACGAGUGGAGGCCUCCGCCGACAUCUACCGUCCGGCGCCAGCGAGCUUCGCGGUGUUCGACAUAAACUCCAUCCAAGAACCAUGGCUCAUGGUGUCAGACACCAAGCCUCAGGACCAUAACGAAAAGCCAACUUUCGUCCCCACACAAAUCCUCGAGAAGCUCAACAAUUUGGAUUCUGCCGAACAAGCUCCACACUCUUGGGACGAGGUAAGCAAAGCUUUAGAGGACCUCAAGCCUAGUCUAGCCCAAGCUAACUCUGUUUUCUCUGCUGCUACUACUACUACUCCGGCAAAACCCAGUUCAGUUCAGCCAUCGGAGCUGAAGAAACAAAGCCAUGGAAAUAGUAAGGUUGUGAAUAAGAGCUUGUCUUUCCACACAAUCGAAGAGUUCGACGCCAAGUUGAAUCCGAAACCACCAGCUUCUGAGCUGAGGAAAACAGAGUCCAUGAAAACAGAGCAGGUGAAGAAAACAGAGAAAACAGAGCAGCGAGUUCCUGAAGCUCCGAAUGGUAUUAACAAGCCGGUGAAGGAGAACAUAUUCAUAGUAAGGGACAGAUUAGAGAGAGAAAAGGAAGGAAAGCAAGCAAACUUCGACAAGUUGAUAAGCAUGCGGGUCAACCCACUGAGUCAGUACCCAGAGAAAUGUCCACCGGGAGGCAACGACUCGGUGGUCCUCUACACGACAUCAUUGGGAGGCGUUCGCAAGACGUACGAGGAUUGCAACAGGGUGAGAGCGAUGCUGGAAGGGCACCGAGUGGUGUUCGACGAGAGAGACGUGGCGCUACACGGCGGGUUUCUCAGCGAGCUCAAAGAGCUAAUCGGAGAAGAGGAGGGUGUGAGCGUGCCGAGGCUGUUCGUGAAAGGGAGGUAUUUGGGGGGUGCUGAACAAGUCGUGGAGCUGAAUGAGACAGGAAGGUUGGGGAAGAUGCUGAGCUAUGCGAAGGUAGAGAGAGGGAUAGGAAGGCUUGGAUGCGAAGGAUGUGGUGGGGCAAGGUUCGUGCCGUGUUUGGAAUGUGGUGGGAGUUGUAAGGUUGUGGUUGAUGGGGAUAAGAAACAAAGGUGCUCUGUUUGUAAUGAGAAUGGUUUGGUUCAUUGUCCUGCUUGUCUUUGAGAGAUUUUGUUAAAAAUAUGUUUAAUGCAUAUGCAUUAAUGGUGGUGGGGGUACACUGAGAGGCUUUCGGUAAUGAAAAUAUGUGUGUUGGUCUUUUUUGUGUUUUUUUGGUUUGAUUUUUCUUCAGAAAAAAAUAGUGGAUGGAAAAGUUUACUUUA